UAUGCACCGGGGAGGGCGACGGGAAGUCAGGCCGCCUCCCAUUCGGUAUAAAACCUCCCAGUCCGGCCCCAGUCUUCCUCUUUCUGUUACCUGGCUAGGGGUAGCGGCUUUGGUGAAAAUCCAGAAACACCGAAACUACAACAAUGGGAAAGGAAAAGAUCCACAUCAACAUCGUGGUCAUUGGCCAUGUCGACUCCGGCAAGUCCACCUCCACCGGCCACCUUAUCUACAAGUGCGGAGGAAUCGACAAGAGAACCAUCGAGAAGUUCGAGAAGGAAGCCGCCGAGAUGGGCAAGGGCUCCUUCAAGUAUGCCUGGGUGCUGGACAAACUGAAGGCCGAGCGUGAGCGUGGUAUCACCAUUGACAUCGCUCUGUGGAAGUUUGAGACCAGCAAGUACUACGUGACCAUCAUUGAUGCCCCUGGACACAGGGACUUCAUCAAGAACAUGAUCACUGGUACCUCUCAGGCUGACUGCGCCGUGCUGAUCGUUGCUGCUGGUGUUGGUGAGUUUGAGGCUGGUAUCUCCAAGAACGGCCAGACCCGUGAGCACGCCCUGCUGGCCUUCACCCUCGGCGUGAAGCAGCUCAUCGUUGGUGUCAACAAGAUGGACUCCACCGAGCCCCCUUACAGCCAGGCCCGUUUUGAGGAGAUCACCAAGGAAGUGAGCACCUACAUCAAGAAGAUCGGCUACAACCCCGCCACUGUUGCCUUUGUCCCCAUCUCUGGGUGGCACGGAGACAACAUGCUGGAAACCAGUGAAAAGAUGAGCUGGUUCAAGGGAUGGAAGAUUGAGCGCAAGGAGGGCAACGCCAGUGGAACCACACUGCUGGAGGCCCUGGAUGCCAUCCUGCCCCCAUCUCGCCCUACUGAGAAGCCCCUCCGUCUGCCCCUGCAGGACGUCUACAAGAUUGGCGGUAUUGGAACUGUCCCCGUCGGUCGUGUGGAGACUGGUCUCCUGAAGCCCGGCAUGGUCGUCACCUUUGCUCCCCCCAACCUGACCACUGAGGUGAAGUCUGUGGAGAUGCACCACGAGUCUCUGCCCGAGGCUGUCCCUGGUGACAACGUCGGCUUCAACAUCAAGAACGUGUCCGUCAAGGAAAUCCGUCGUGGAUACGUGGCUGGUGACAGCAAGAACGACCCACCCAAGGCUGCUGACAGCUUUAACGCUCAGGUCAUCAUCCUGAACCACCCCGGCCAGAUCAAUGAGGGUUACGCCCCAGUGCUGGAUUGCCACACUGCUCACAUUGCCUGCAAGUUCAAGGAGCUCAUCGAGAAGAUCGACCGUCGUUCUGGCAAGAAGCUUGAGGACCACCCCAAGUUCGUCAAGUCUGGCGAUGCCGCCAUUGUCAAACUCAUUCCACAGAAGCCCAUGGUUGUGGAGCCCUUCUCCAACUAUGCUCCCCUUGGUCGUUUUGCUGUGCGUGACAUGAGGCAGACGGUGGCUGUCGGUGUCAUCAAGGCUGUGGAGCACAAGGAAGUUUCCGGAAAGACAACCAAGGCUGCAGAGAAGGCCCAGAAGAAGAAAUGAAUGGUCGUGCAGGACAUCCAGCAACAAGAUGUGUGCCGGCAGCAGCGGGCCACUCCCUCUCAUCUAUCUUCCCCCCACCCUGGAUCAUCUUCUCUGAGGCAGAGCUCUCUACUCAAGGACUGGCUUAUGCUGAUUAAAACCCAUCGCAAAAGUUUUCGCAGGAAAAAAGAACUAUGUGGCAUUAUCACUUACCUGAAUCACAUGAUGGUGCCUCUUCUCAGUUAAGUUUAAGUUGGAAAUGGUUUAGAACUGUAUCUUGAUGUUAAUGCCACAAAUUUAAUUGGAAAGAAAGCUGCUGGUAACUAAUAAAAAUAAAUGUCUUUGAAAAAAUUGAAA